AUGGACCGGGAACAAUUCAGAACAGCUGCUCAUGCAGCAAUUGAUGACAUCAUCAAUUACUUCGACGACCUCCCCUCGCAACGGGUCGUGCCCACCAUCGAGCCCGGCUACCUCCGCCCCCAGAUCCCAACCCACCCGCCAGAGGAACCAGAAGAAUGGUCCCAAAUCCAGGCUGACAUCGCAUCCAAAAUCAAGCCCGGCCUGACCCACUGGCAACACCCCAACUUCAUGGCCUUCUUCCCGGCCACCGUCACCUACCCCAGCAUCCUGGGUGAGAUGUACUCGGCGGCCUUCACCGCACCCGCCUUCAACUGGCUCUGCUCGCCGGCCUGCACCGAGCUCGAGACCAUCGUGAUGGACUGGAUGGCGCAGGCGCUCGGCCUGCCCAAGUGCUUCCUGAGCGACUCCGAGAACAAAGGCGGCGGCGUCAUCCAAGUCUCCGCCAGCGACGUCGUGGCGACGGUGAUGAUCGCCGCGCGGGAGCGACGCGUCCGCGAACAGGCCCUCGCCGCGGGGCUCAAGGAGGGCAGCGCCGAGUACGAGGACCGCGUGAUGGAGCUGCGGCCGCGGCUGGUCGCGCUGGGGAGCAACCAGGCGCACAGCAGCACGGCCAAGGGCGCGCUGCUGGCCGGCACGCGCUACCGCAGCGUUGCGGCCCGUCUGGAGGAUAAUAUGGAGAUGACGGGGGCCGGGCUGCGCGCCGUGCUGGAGCAGUGCGAUGCGGACGGGCUCACGCCGUACUAUAUCACCCUCGGCAUGGGCACGACCAACUCGUGUGCGCUGGACCGCUUUGCGGAGAUCAAGGCCGUGCUGCGGGAGAAGCCGCAUUGGCAGCGGAUCUGGGUGCAUAUUGAUGCGGCGUAUGCGGGUGCCGCGCUGGUGGCCGACGAGUGGCAGUAUAUCGCGGCGGAGUUUGCCGAGGGCGUGGACAGCUUCAAUAUGAACAUGCACAAGUGGCUGCUUGUCAAUUUUGACGCUAGUGUGCUGUUUGUGCGGAACCGACUCGACCUCACCAACGCCCUGGACAUCACCCCGGCGUACCUCCGCAACCCGUACUCCGACGCCGGCAGCGUCAUUGACUACCGCAACUGGUCGAUCUCGCUGGGGCGGCGCUUCCGGGCGCUGAAGAUCUGGUUCGUGAUGCGCAGCUACGGGCUGAACGGCAUGAAGGCGCACAUCCGCAAGUCGAUCGCGCUGGGCGAGACGUUUGCUGAUCUCAUCCGGAGUCGGUCCGACUUGUUCGAUAUUGUCACGAAGCCGGCCUUUGCAUUGACCGUUUUCCGUGUGAAGAGCCCGCAGGCUGCGGCUGCGAAUGGAGCGACUGUUGUCCAGCCGGAUGAGGCGUCCAAUGCUCUGACGAAGGAGAUCUAUGAGCUGAUUAAUGCGCGUGGAGAGAUCUUUAUCACGUCGACUGUCAUUGCUGGAGUAUAUUCCAUUCGUGUGGUGAGUGCCAACGCGGCUGCGGAGGAGAAUAUGGUUCACUGCUUGGUGCACUGUGUUCAAAUAUUUGAGAAAAUGACAGUAGAUCAGUUCCCCCGCGUCCUGGUCACAGGAGCCACCGGGUUCAUCGGCGCCCAUGUUGUUGACAGCCUCCUUGCGCGGGGCGUCUCCGUCCGCGCAGCAACCAGAUCAAAGCAGAAGGGAGAACUGCUGAGACAAGCACGACCGCAAUAUGCAUCAAAGCUAGAGAUCGUAGAAGUCCGAGACUUUACCCAAUUGGGAGUGUUCAACACCGUCAUGAGCGACAUAGACGCCGUUAUCCACGUUGCCAGUCCAUUCACAUACAACACCACCGACAACGAAAAAGAACUCAUCAUCCCCGCCAUCAACGGGGUCAAAUCCAUCCUCUCCGCCUCCGCAAAACCCGGCACCAAGGUGAAACGCGUCGUAAUGACAUCCUCGUUCGCCUCCGUCAUCGACCUAAACCGUCCCGCCGACCCAAACUUCGUAUACACCGGCGAACACUGGAACCCGCUGACAUACGCAGAAGCCGUGGACCCCGCGUCCACCGCCGUGACAGGCUAUCGUGGAUCGAAGAAGUUCGCGGAACUCGAAGCGUGGAGCUUCAUGGAGAGAGAAAAGCCCGACUUUGAUCUGGUCACAUUUUGUCCCCCGAUGGUUUUUGGUCCCGUGGUGCAUCCAGUCGCCAACGUCGCGCAGCUGAAUGAGUCCAACGCUGUGUUGUGGAGUGUUGCGGCUGGUGCGGACCCGCUCCCGCUGGCGAAGGUGUCCGGGUGGGUUGAUGCGAGGGACCUUGCUGAGGCACAUGUUCAGGCACUGUUUACCCCGGCCGCUGGUGGGAAGAGGUAUGUUGCUGCGUCGAGUGAGCCGUUUUCGUAUGAGCUUGCGGCGGAUAUCAUACGGGCGGAGUUUGAGUGGGCUGCGCAGACUGUGACGAAGAAUUAUGUGGUAGGGAAGAAGGUGCCGCAGGCUUAUAAGCUGGAUGGAGAGACGGUUACCCGGGAGCUCGGGGUGCAGUUGCGGGGUUUUCGGGAGACGGUUGUGGAUUUUGUGAGGCAGGUGAAGGAGGGAGUCCCGAUUUGUUCUGUGCAUAUGAAACGCAGUAUGGAAGACGUUCCGAUAUAUGUAGAAACUGGCAACAUUGGAUUAUCGAUUGCAGCCGGGCCUGUUGAUUCAGCUGAAGUAGUCUGUCCCGAUUAA